GUGACUCCGAGUCCCAUAAGCUUGUAAUGUCUAUCCUGUACCUUGUCUAUGGUUGGUGGUCCUGUACCUACGUAUCGAUAUGAGAAUGUCAAAUUAAAGUGAAAAUAUCAUUUGGUAUUGACAUCUGUUCUUGAAACGAUUGUUUACGUUUAGUAAGACGUCGAGAGUUUAAUUAAAAUGACUUCACCUGCUGCACCAAAGGUUGCAGUUGUACAGUCUAUACAAGAAUAUAGUAUACGAGUACCAAAAAAUAAUAAAAAGAAGCACAAUGUAAUGAGAUUUAACGCAACAUUAAAUGUUGAUUUUUCAAAAUGGUCACAAGUGAAAAUGGAACGUGAAAAUAAUAUGAAAGAAUAUAAAGGAAUAGAAGAAGAAAUGCCAAAAUUUGGUGCUGGAUCUGAAUUUGGACGAGAUGCCAGAGAAGAAGCCAGAAGGAAAAAAUUUGGUAUUACCAGUAGAAAAUACAAACCAGAGGAUCAGCCAUGGAUUCUUAAAUCUGGUGGAAAAACUGGGAAGAAGUUUAAAGGAAUAAGAGAAGGUGGUGUGAGUGAAAAUGCUGCUUAUUAUGUUUUUACACAUGCUGCUGAUGGAGCCAUAGAAGCUUUUCCACUACAUGAAUGGUAUAAUUUCCAACCUAUUCAGAGGUAUAAAGCAUUGAGUGCAGAAGAAGCAGAACAGGAAUUUAGUCGUAGGAAUAAAGUAAUGAAUUAUUUUUCACUAAUGUUGCGUAAGAGGCUUAGAAAUGAUGAAGAAGGAGCAGAUGAUGAAGAAAUAAUGGAAGGUGGAAAGGGUAAAAAGCCAAAUAAAAAAGAAAAAGAUUUGAAAAUAUCUGAGAUGGAUGAGUGGAUGGAUAGUGAUGAUGACGAUUCUGCUAGUGAUGAUGAAGAAACUAAGAAAAACUCUGAUGAUGAAGAGGACAAUAAAAAGAAGAAAGGCAAAGUUGUUUCUCAGAAAAAGAAACGGAAAGAAAAAGCAUCAGAUGACGAAGCGUUUGAAGAAAGUGAUGAUGGUGAUGAAGAAGGUAGAGAGUGUGAUUAUAUUUCUGAUUCCUCUGAUUCUGGAUCAGAAUUGGAACAACAAAAAGAAAUUAAGUCGGUUGCUGAAGAAGAUGCAUUAAGAAAAUUGCUUGCAUCUGAUGAGGAAGAAGAUGAGGAAGAGCAAGCAGAUAAAAAGGAUGGUGACGAAGACAAAGACGAAGAGGAUGAAAAUAAAGAAAAAGAAGAUAAGGAUAAGGAUAAGAAUAGUAAAGAUUCUGAGAAAAAGAAAGAUAAGAAAAAGAAGAAAAAGCUGUCUAAGAAGAAAGAUCUGAAGAAAGCUUCAGGAAAGGAUUCAUCUAGUGACUUUUCUAGUGAUUCAGGCUCAGAAUCUGAUACGGUCAAAGAAAAAGAUAAUAAGAAAUCGAAUAGUGCACAUAGCUCAAGAUCCGCAACUCCGACACCUGUUGUGGCUGGAAUGUCAGAUCCCCUAAAGAGAAAACAAUCUGGUUCCCCGGAUUUGUCACAAGCGAAAAAAUUGAAAUUAGAUAAUUUCAAUUUGGUACCAGUGAGUUCGUACAUACCAGGAGCUAGUGAAUCUGGAAUUACGGAAGAUGCGGUUAGACGUUAUCUUAUGCGUAAACCAAUGACAACUACAGAACUUUUGCAGAAGUUUAAGUCAAAAAAGACUGGACUUACUUCUGAACAAUUAGUAAAUGUAAUGACUCAGAUACUGAAAAAAAUUAAUCCUACCAAACAGACAAUAAAGAAUAAAAUGUAUUUAUCUAUUAAAACACAAUCCAAUUGAUAUUAGUACAAUUGUUUGCACAUGUUAUAUCAAUAUUUAUUUUGUCUAUGGCAAAAAACUAGGUAUUUGUAAGAUAAU